UUUACUGCUUUCUGUUAACUCGAGGAUUUAAAAUGAAGACCAUUCUCAGCAACCAGACUGUCGACAUCCCUGAGAAAGUUGAUAUUGCUCUGAAGGGGCGGACAGUUAUUGUCAAGGGCCCCAGAGGAACCUUGCGAAGGGAUUUCAAUCAUAUCAACGUGGAACUGUCUCUCUUGGGAAAGAAACGCAAGAAGCUGCGUGUUGACAAAUGGUGGGGUAACAGAAAGGAGCUGGCAACAGUUCGCACAAUUUGCAGUCAUGUGCAAAACAUGAUCAAGGGUGUCACACUGGGCUUUCGUUACAAGAUGAGGUCUGUGUACGCUCACUUCCCCAUCAACGUGGUUAUGCAGGAGAAUGGCUCACUUGUGGAAAUCCGUAACUUUCUUGGAGAGAAGUAUAUCCGCCGGGUGCGCAUGAGGCCAGGGGUCAAUUGUGCAGUAUCUCAAGCCCAGAAGGAUGAGCUGAUCCUUGAAGGAAAUGACAUCGAAUUGGUAUCUAAUUCUGCUGCCUUGAUCCAGCAAGCCACCACAGUCAAGAACAAAGAUAUCAGAAAAUUCUUGGAUGGUAUCUACGUUUCUGAGAAGGGAACAGUACAACAAGCAGAUGAAUAAACCUCUUAAUAGAUCCUAAAAUGACAUCCUGGGUACACAACAAACCUUCAGUUCAAAUCAGGAAUUGGAUAUAGGACCUGAACAGUUUGAAAAUGUUUGAAGAAAAAUAAAACAAUAUAUUUCAA